UCAUCCAGCACCUGAUACGCCAAUUUAAAUGAACGAUUUGUUUUUAAAGACAUUCAACAAUCGAUAGCUCUAAAGGUUAAAUUACGUAUCAGCUUCUGUAAAUUAAAUUUUAGUUCUUUUUUCGAUAGUGGAUGUGUUUGGUCAAUAAAAUUCGCUUGAAAAAUUUGAAGAGAUAAACGUAAAAUUAUGAAACUACCCGGUGCCUACGCCAGUGUUGAUUUUAGACAUGUUAAAAAUCAAUAUAUUGCGGUUUUCUGGGCCAACAUGUGCGCUAUUUCGUAUGGAAAUCUAAUUGGUUGGUUAUCACCGUCACUCCUACUACUUCUUUCACAAAAUUCACCGAUAGAUACUGGUCCAAUAAACACAACUCAAGCAUCAUGGUUAGGAUCGAUAUCCUAUCUGGGCGGAUUUUUCGGAACUUUCAUAUUUUUGGUCAUCAUUAAACUGCUGGGAAGGAAAAUUGCUUUUUGCAUUCUGGCAAUUCCGUAUUUUCUUUUCUGGUUGACUGUAGUACUAGCCAAUAGACUGGAAUUUUUAUACGCUGCCAGAGUAAUAGCUGGGAUAGCCGGUGGUGGAACAAGCAUUGCGAUUCCUUUAUUCGUUUCGGAAAUAGCCGAUGAUACUAUCAGAGGUAUGCUGGGCUCGAUGCUGAUGGUUUUCGCAUGCUUCGGAAUUCUGCUGGCUUAUGUGACUGGAUCGUAUAUGACUUACAAAACAGCGCCAUACGUUAUGAUGGUAUUCCCUGCCGCUUUGUUUGCUUCAUUUGCAUUUCUUCCGGACACUCCCAUGUCUUUAAUGUCACGGAACAAAGCGGAGGCGGCCGAAAGGUCUCUCAAAUUUUACAAAAAUUGUACGGGCGGUUCAAAGCAAGAUAUCGAUAGAUUUGAAACGGAAAAGGCAAAACUGUACUCAACGAUUAAGGCAAACCAGGAAAAAGGGGAAAAAUUGGUCUGGGCAGAUUUUACCACCAAGGAAGCACGAGUCGGCAUCGCCAGAGGCCUAUGCGUAGUUCUACUGAGCAUAUUCUGUGGAUCACCGGUACUAUUGAAUUAUGCGUCGAUUUUAUUCGCAAAUUCUGGAUCCGGUCUCGAUCCGUCAUUGUCUGCUAUCGUUAUGAUCACCAUUCAAUUGAUAGCCACAGCUACAUCAUCUUCAUUGGUUGAUCGAAUCGGAAGACGCAUUCUGUACAUACUAUCCUCUGGUGGAACGGCAAUUGGAAUGGCAGCCAUGGGAACGUACGUUUAUCUAUCAUUUAAGGGAACCGAUUUGACUGGCUUCGAUUGGGUACCAGUUACCAGUCUAUCAUUCGCUGUCUUAUCUUGUAAUAUCGGACUGAUUCCGUUGGUGUUUGUUGUUUUGUUGGAAGUGCUUCCAGCAAAGAUUCGAACGGUUGCGGCAACUUUAUGUUUGUCCCUAAUCAGUUUCUUCAUGUUUUUAAUGGUGAAAUUUUAUCCAAUAAUUGCGGAAGCUGUAAACAUGCAUUCUUGUAUGUGGUUCUUUGCACUCGUAAGUGUGUCGGGAGUAAUUUUUGCGAUCUUCUUUUUGGAGGAAACUAAAGGAAAAAGCAUCAACACAUGAAAUGUGUAGCAAUAUUUCGAAGCGAUGUAGCGUGUAAAUACAAUUACGAUUGAUAUU